AUGGAAUACUUCGAUUUCGAGGGCGCCUCGUCAGCUCAUGGCUCUACUCAACAAGACGACGAUGUCGCCUCCGUUGAUAUUGAAUUUGAUGAAGCCGAGGAGCAAGUGGCCAAUUUCAAUUCGCUGGCCCAAGAUCAGUCUUUAGAGUUCCCUGAUCUGUAUGUCGGACAGCCCCUUGACCCCGACGGGGUGUACCCCAUGUUCCGCGCCCAGGAACCGUGCGACUUCUGUCGCCGAAUGGGACUGGAUUGCUUUGUUGCCAAGCGUGGUGUCAUGCAAAAUGGCUGCACUUGCUGUAUCUCUCUCUGGCGUGAAUGCAGUUUCACACAUGCCAAAACGCCUGGCAAGUUCCUUCAGACCCUACACAGUGUGUCUGAAAACGCCUAUGUUCCCACAGGCAGCCUUACAGGAAAGAAAGCUCUCAAAUCUGUCUCAUACGGUCCAUAUGCGGACGAUCCUGAUGCACGCUCCCGCAAAAACAGCCCUCGAUUCUCUCGGAAAGCAAUCAGUAUUCUGAAGAGUUGGUUGCGAGAUCAUAACGAGAAUCCCUAUCCCACCGAACAGGAGAGAGAUGGUCUCAAACAAGAUACUGGCUUGACCAGAACUCAAAUCUCCAAUUGGCUAGCAAACGCCAGACGACGCGGCAAAGUGCGUUCCUCGACCGACAGCACUCAUCCCGUUCCCGGUGCCGUGGAUAUUCCCAAGAAACAAUCCGUCGACAUAUCUCUCAUGACACCUCUGGAGCGUUGGAAGUACUCUCCUCCCGAGAACGAAGCCGCUACGAUCAGCGAUAUUACCCGUGCCUUGGCAAAUCCCCCGUUCGAUCCCUCACGUCCACGCCGGGCCCCAUCGGGUCACGUGAGGCCCCGUCGCCCUGGGUCCAGUACCAAUGAGUCAAGCCAUGCCAGCUCUGAACAUAAACUGCGCACCGCCUCGGCCAGUAGUUUGGAUACUAGUCGGUCAUCCCUCUCUGAUCUCUCCUUUGCUUCGGCGUUCUCUCAUCGUUCUUCCCUUUCAUUGGGCUCAAUGGAUCGUAAAGAACGUCGCCGUCGCCGUAAGGCCUCGGUACCUGCCAACACAUUAGCCCAUUCCAAGGCUAAAUCUGCUCGUCCAUUUCAAUGCACAUUCUGCACUGAUUCCUUCCCUGCCAAGUAUGAUUGGCAACGACACGAAAAGUCCAUGCACCUUAUCUUGGAUAAAUGGACAUGCUCUCCUCAUGGUGGAGUAGUUGAACAGAAUGGUAUACCUCUUUGCGUCUUCUGCUCGGCAUCUAACCCAGAUGGAGAACACCUAGAGACUCAUAACUUCAUCAGCUGCCAGGAGAAGACAGUGCAAGAAAGGACAUUCUAUCGGAAGGAUCAUCUCAACCAACACCUCCGCUUGAUGCAUAAUACCAAGUACCAACCGUGCAUGGAUAAAUGGCAAAGUAGUACCACAGAGAUCAAAUCCCGUUGCGGCUUCUGUGGUUCUAUUUUCCAGACUUGGAAAGAUCGAGUAGAUCAUUUGGCAUGCCACUUUAAAAAUGGCGCUGUGAUGGCUCAUUGGCAAGGGGAUUGGGGCUUUGAACCUUUGAUUCAAGCUCGCGUCGAAAAUGCGAUCCCGCCAUAUAUGAUUGAUUACGAAUGGAGGAGUCCUGAUCCAUGGGCCACAAAACAAGCCCAAGGGGAUGGCACCUCACCUCAGCUCCCCGUUCCCAAUGAUGCCAACUGCUACGAGCGUCUCUCGCAUGAACUUGCUGCAUACAUUCACAAUCAAAAAGCACAAGGCCUGGUCCCUUCAGAUACGAUGCUCCAAGAAGAAGCGCGUCGUGUGAUUUAUGGAUGUGAUGAUCCCUGGAACCAAACCUGUGCGGACAACAUCGUCUGGUUGAAUGUUCUCAAACGCGAUUGUGGGCUGGAGACAGCUGUGCAAAACGAUACUAUCCAGUUUGACGACCUAGGCAUGCAGCCCCCAUUUGCAGUGCAUGGCGGCCUGCGAGCUCCACCCCGGGAGUUGAACGUCCUCGCGCGAACAGUAUGUCGAGGCGGCUUAUAUAGCCCUGCAGUUUCUAGCCCGGGUCUCCGCAGCCCCGCCUUUCCCGGAACGGGCUUUUCAUCCGCCGGGCCUAGCCGUGGAGGAAGUCUCUCUGGUAGUUACGCUGGUAGUGCAGGAAUGAUAUCAACAGGCGCCGAUCCAUCAUUUGCCACAGAUUGGGGCAGUAGUAUGCCUGCCAGUCUUCCAACCAGCAUUCCUACCACUUCAUCCAUGCCGGGAGAAGGGUCUUCCAAUCCUUUGGUCCAAAUGGGCUUUGACCCAGAGUUCCUCCAACGACUCAAUGACAGCUAUGGCGAAAUCAACCCCGAUGAUCUAGAAGGCAUGAAUUUAGAUGACGAUGUUUGUCACAAAGUGGUUGGGGGACAGGGAUGGCCAAACUCAGAUAUACUUGGCCAGCCCACUUCUCAGACGCUGAUGGGUGAAGUUCCUUCUUCACAUCCGGUCGGUAUCUUCAAUUCCAAAGAGUGCCACGCCCCUGCUUCAGAUGCAUCCAAGCCUGACCUCUCCGGGGUUAUCGAUCACCAAAGCCAGUUUUGA